UCCCAAAUCCAAACCCCCUCCCACCCCUCUCCUCUUCCAAACGUCUCUAUAAGUGCGCUCCUUCUUCGUUCCCUCUCUCUCUCUCUACCUCUUUCUCUCUCUAGGUUGCCGCUUUUGCUUCUUCUUCCUCCAACCCCAACUCUCAGAUCCUCUUCCCCACAAUACCCACUUCCCACAUUUCGCUAAUUAAUGGACUCACUCCCAGAUGCUAUUAUUCAGUACAUCUUGUCACAUAUGACCAAUGCUCGCGACCUAGCUGUCUGCAAUUGUGUAUCCAAGCGUUGGAAAGACUCGACGCCCUACAUUAAAAGUCUCUAUUUCCCUCGCAAUUCCUUCGACAGUCAUUCGGGCGAGUCGAGUCCUGACGUCAUUGUUUGCAGGAUAGUUUCAUCCAUUGUUCGCUUGGAGGAGCUUGUUGUUUAUAGUCCAUUUACAAGUGCUGGUCUUGCUUCAUGGCUGUCUAGUAUCGGCCCCUCGCUUCGGCGACUCGAGCUACGAAUGGAUAAUUUGGUUGAUCUACAAGCUUGUCAAGAGAGCCCUUCCAAGUUGGAAUACCUUAAAUCUGCUGAAAAAUUGGAGUCACUUAAAUUAUGGGGUGUCUUAAUGACACAUUCACCUAGGUGGGAUGUGUUCCAAAAGCUAAAAAACCUUGAGAUUGUUGGUGCCAAGUUAGAGGAUCCUGCAUUGAACUCUGCUCUUCGUGCAUGUCCUAAUCUAUCCAAUUUAUUGCUCCUUGGCUGUGAAGGUUUAACUUCAGUUUCAAUUGAGCUGAAGCACUUAGAACAGUGUAAGCUGGACUUCUAUGGCUUGGGGAACUGCUCACUUAUGAUCAAUUCCCCUAAACUUCAACUCCUUGAAGUUCAAGGAUUUAGUUGGAUUAGAGCCCGUGGGACAAGUUCCUUGACAAGUCUUUCAAUUGCAAAUAAUGCAGGAAGAGUUUACAUGGUGGAUUUUGAUAAGCUUGGUUCAUUGGAGUCUCUAUCCAUAAGAGGAGUUCAAUGGUGUUGGGAUGCAAUAAGCAAAAUGCUUGAAUGGGGGAGUGAGGUUAAACAUCUUUACAUGAAGGUUGAGUUCACUGGAGACUUUGAUGCACUUGAGCCCUUCCCUGAGAUUGACUUUGUUGAGUUUUUCAAUCACCAUCCAAAGUUGCAAAGGUUUGACAUUCAUGGAGCCAUGUUUGCUGCACUUUGCCCCAAGAACAGCAUUAAAAAUGUCGAUCCGGACUUUGUAAUCUCGUGUUUGGAGGAAGUAUCGAUUUUGGUUCGGUCGCCGUUGAAUGCCGAACAGAAGAUGAAUACUCUCGAGUCGUUGAUAAAGUAUGGCAAGAAUUUGAAGACACUGGCGAUAAAGAUUCUUCGGAUGAAGAGUAGUCAUAGCAGUGCUGAUGAUUUCUUUGAUGAAAUUUGCAAGUUUAGAUAUUUGAACCGCAAGAUCGUUCGUAUCGAAUAGAAGCACAAGUGAGGCACUUUUCUCCUCAUUUGUGGUUUUAUUUGAUCAUUCUCUUUUGAAUUCUCUUAUGACAGGUUGAUCGGCUCAAAUGAUUAACUUAGUUUGAUCAUUCUUUUACGAAUGCUAAUUGCUUGAAUACCAUAUUCUUCGACGGGACGAUCGAUCAAAGAUGAUCAAAAAGACAUUCAAGUUGAUGUU